CCACGCGCGGCACGACAAUUGAUGGCGGAGACACUCUUGACGUGGCAAAAACUUCUUCACCUUCUACUUUCUCUCUCUCUCUCUCUCUCCUAUCCGUCAUCGGUUGUUCCAUUUAAUUUCCCAACCAUUUCCACUGCUUCUUCUGCGGGUGACCAUUCUUUUCGCCUCUCCGGCAAUGGCCAAGCUCCUCCUCCUUUACUCAUCCCCUCAUUUCACCCUCGCCGGUCGCCGAACCUUCACUUCCCUUCUCCUCUCCAAACCUCACGACUCCCUCUCUCUUCCGCAGUCAGCCAUCCGUCGCCGCCGAUUGACUGUCCCGUCCAGUCCUCACUCACCAUUGGAUUAUGGAUUUCGCCGCGGGAACUUGUCUGUUAACGCAUUUGAUUCCUCAGACGAGACCAAAACAGGAGAAAAGGGGAAGGAUGAUGAUAAAGAGAAGACAGAAGAAGCUGAGGAGUCUAAAACUGCAACGGCUAAGAAAACCAAUGUCGAUUACCCUCGGGGGGAUUUCGAGUUUCGGGAGAUUGGGGCUUGGACUCGAUUUCUCGUUAAGCUACGGAUGCUAAUUGCUUAUCCUUGGGAGCGAGUCCGCAAGGGCAGUGUCCUGACUAUGAAAUUGCGUGGCCAGGUAUCUGAUCAGCUAAAGAGCCGUUUCUCGUCAGGGCUAUCUCUGCCUCAGAUUUGUGAGAAUUUUGUAAAAGCUUCUUAUGAUCCUCGCAUUUCUGGUAUUUAUCUACAUAUAGACUCCCUAGCUUGCGGGUGGGGUAAAGUUGAAGAAAUACGGAGGCAUAUAUUGGAUUUCAAGAAAUCAGGUAAGGUCAUAGUUGCCUACACCCCUACUUGCAGGGAGAAGGAGUAUUAUCUUGCUUGUGCUUGUUCGGAGAUAUAUGCCCCUCCAAGUGCAUAUUUCUCGUUAUAUGGCUUGACUAUUCAAGCAUCCUUUCUCGGAGGUCUUUUUGAGAAGGUGGGAAUUCAGCCCGAAGUUCAGAGGAUUGGUAAAUACAAGAGUGCUGGUGAUCAACUAACUCGGAAAACCAUGUCGGAGGAAAAUUGUGAGAUGCUGACUGCAUUGCUCGAUGACAUAUAUGGGAAUUGGUUGGAGAAAGUUUCUUCUGAAACAGGAAAGAAAAGAGAAGAUUUGGAGAACUUCAUUAAUGAAGGAGUAUACAAAGUUGAGAGGCUGAAAGAUGAAGGCUUAAUAACGGGCAUACUCUAUGACGAUGAGGUUGAUUUGUAGCUGCUUUAUGCUUGAAUCAGAUGUAUCAGCUGCUGGACAGUGGACACUCUGAAUAUUUACACGCAAUUGUUAUCCCAAAAGUUGAAAAACGAGGAGAGGAUUGCAAAUCUGAACCAUUGCCUAAUUAUUUACUGAAUAAUACGGGAACUGUUUCCGGUCACACCACUUUUGAUCUGAACUUCUCUAUCUUGUAUUUGGGGAUUGAUGCUAAACCAUACAGGUCAUAUCACUGUUGAAAGAGAAACUUGGAGUUCAGAAGGAGAAAGUUCUUCCUAUGGUUGAUUACAGGAGGUAUUCUCGAGUUAGGAACUGGACCCUUGGUUUAGUUGGUGGAAAAGACCUAAUAGCUGUGCUCCGAGCAUCUGGGAGCAUCAGUCGUGUUCGGGGUCCAUUAAGUUUACCUGGUUCUGGAAUCAUUGGGGAGCAAUUUAUUGAGAAGCUUCGUUCGGUGAGAGAAUCUAAAAGAUAUAAAGCUGCUAUCAUCAGAAUUGACAGUCCUGGAGGUGAUGCUCUUGCUUCGGAUUUAAUGUGGAGGGAAAUCCGACUUUUGGCUGCUUCAAAACCCGUAAUUGCUUCAAUGGCUGACGUUGCAGCAAGUGGAGGGUACUAUAUGGCUAUGGCAACAGAUGUCAUUGUUGCUGAAAAUUUGACAUUGACCGGUUCAAUUGGAGUGGUUACAGGAAAGUUCAACUUGGGGAAACUUUAUGAAAAAAUCGGGUUUAACAAGGAGAUAAUAUCCAGGGGCCGAUAUGCAGAACUUCUUGCAGCUGAACAGCGGCCUUUCAGGGCAGAUGAAGCAGAACUAUUUGAAAGAUCCGCUCAAAAUGCAUAUCAGCAAUUUCGUGACAAGGCAGCAUUUUCAAGAUCGAUGGAUGUGGAUGAGAUGGAAAGCGUAGCACAAGGGAGAGUAUGGACUGGUAUACAAGCAGCAUCACACGGUCUAGUGGAUGCAACUGGUGGUCUUUCACGAGCUAUCGCUAUUGCCAAACUGAAAGCCAAUAUACCUCAAGAUAAACCAGUAACCCUUGUUGAGAUGUCGAGGCCAUCUCCCACGCUACCAGAACUUUUGAGCGGGAUCGGCAGUUCUAUAGCUGGGGUCGACACAACUCUAAAAGACCUUCUGCAGGAGCUGACGGUUUCCGAAGGAGUUCAAGCCCGGAUGGAUGGAAUAAUGUUCCAGAGACUGGAAGGUGGAGCUCCAUACGCCAACCCCUUUAUUAAUCUGAUAAAAGAUUACCUAGGUUCCAUAUGACACCCCAAAUGUGGAAUAUAUUGUAUCCUUGGUUUGCCAGGUUAGUUAGUUCGAUUGUAUUCAAUUAUAGUUUUUACCCGUAGAAAAAGUAGCUCUUGGAAAUAACUUAAACUGCUAUGAGAUUGUCUUGCUAGGUGUGGAUGGGGAUAGAGUUUGGGAAAAAAGAUGGAAGAGAUAUUCAAUAUUUGGGUAAAUACAAUAGCCAAAUCUUUGAAACGAACUAAUAGUUAGACUUGUCAAAAACAAAAUAAUAGACAAAUCAUUAAAUUUUCACACCGUUGGUUGAUU